AUGUCCGGCUUAGACUUCCCAGGCAAAGUGGCGGUCGUCGCCAUUGCACUCAUUGGACUCGUCUCAGCCUGGCUGAUCCAGAGAGCUGCUGCUGGCCUGUCCAACCUGUUCUUCCACCCACUCGCUGCCUUUCCGGGGCCGAGGGCUGCAGCCUUUACAGCCUGGUACAAAACAUAUCAGGAGCUUUUUCUUGGCAGAUCUUGGAUUGAUGUGCUCCAGGAGUUGCAUACCAAGUAUGGCAAGAUCAUUCGUGUCGGUCCCAACGAGCUCCACUUCUCAGAUCCGGCCGCAUAUAGUGAGAUAUACAGCAACAAUAAUCGAUGGAAUAAGGAGGCCGAUCUCUAUCAUAGCUUUGGGGAGGACCGCUCGUCGUUUGGAUUUUUGACAUAUGCGGAAUCCAAACAGCGCAAGGAUGUCAUGGCCCCCCUGUUCUCACGUCGAGCAAUCUGUGAGCUCCAGGGCCUCGUGCAGGGCAAUGUUGACCGAUUAUGCAAAAUCCUCGCUGUUAACAACGCAGCUGGGAAAUCGUCCGAUCUUUUCUUUGGGCUCCGGUGUUUCACUAUGGAUACCAUAACCUACUUUUGCUUCGCCAAGUCCCUAGACGCCCUCGCUGCGCCGGACUUCAAGGCCCCUAUCAUUGAAGCCAUGGAGGCAUCCCUGCCGGCAUUCGUCAUGUUUAAGCACUUUAGUCUUAUCCGUAAAGCAGUCUUCGCUAUGCCACCAUGGCUUAGCGUUCUCACCAGCCCACAGACUGCGGGAUUAAUACAUCUCCAGCAACUGCUUGGUGCUCAGGUGAACGAGGUUGUGAAAAAUCCCGACGCCUUAAAAGAUUCGCCACAUCGGAUCAUCUAUCAUGAGCUACUCAGUACUAAAGCGAGCAAGGGGGAACCGCUUCCAUCUACAGGUAGCCUGUACGAAGAAGCCCAGGCGUUGAUGUUUGGUGGUGCUGACACGACUGGUAAUGCUCUAAUGCUAGGGACAUUCCACAUGCUCGGAUCCCCAGGUUACGUGGACAGGCUGAAGCAAGAGUUGUAUAGCGCCUGGCCAGUUCUUGCGGAGCCUCCCAAAUUGGAGGACUUGGAGAAGUUGCCAUUCCUGACCUCUAUAAUCAAAGAAUCCCUCCGCAUCAGCCCUGGUGUCGCUUCUCCUUUACUCCGCAUAGUCCCUGCCACUGGCGCCACCGUUACAGGUGCCUAUAUUCCUCCAGAUACCAUUGUGGGCAUGAGCGGUACUUUUGUCCACAGCUCCAAAGCAAUCUUCAAGAACCCCGAAACAUUUGAUCCCGAGCGUUGGCUCAACAAGGACUCGGCAUCCCUCGAGAAGUGGCUCGUUGCGUUCUCAAAGGGACCAAGGAUGUGCAUGGGACAGAAUCUCGCGAACUGUGAGAUGUACCUCGCAUUUGCUGCUCUCUUCCGACGCUUUGAUCUAGAGCUAGAUGGUACCAGCGUGGAUGAUCUGACCUGGAGGGAAUGCUUCUUGCCACAUUUCCGGGGACGGCAUCUACAAGCUUUCUGCCGGCCCGUUGCGAACUAA